AUGGGGGCUUUUUCUCUCGAGUUCCAACAUGAUUUGCAAAAAGAUUUUGCCAGGGUUAGGAAGCUUGGUCUUCGGCAUCUGGAAUUCGAUGACUACCUGAUCUUGGUGGCUGCUGUCUUCUACACAAUUCUGAUAUUGACAUUGAAUCUUACGGCACAAGGCGGUGGCAGCGCACUUGCUAUGCCAGGGGAAGAUGUAUUCGCACUCACCGAAAAACAGGUCAAGGACCGGCAGAGAGGAGCCAAGAUCGAUUUGGUGGCUGAACAGGCGAUGCUCAAUGUCAUCUGGAUCUUGAAAGUAUGCACACUGAAGCUAUACAGUCGUCUCACACAACAAAUUGCAGUCAAAAUUCUUGCCAUCUACGUUGCUAUCGGCUAUGUAGCAUGUCAACUAGCGUUCUUCCUCGAAUGCCGACCGUUUACGAGUUACUGGCAGAUCGCUCCUUCUCCACCACUGAAUUGCAUGGUCCUGUAUGACUAUGCUAUUGUUCAGGCAACCUUCAACAUCUCGUCAGACAUUUUUAUGCUUGUGAUCCCUUUCCCACUGAUCUUGCAAGUCUCCAUUGUUUUCAAGCAAAAGCUCAUCCUUUUGGUUACCACUCUCACAAAAGCCGAGUUCUUCAAAUCGGUCUAUGCAGAGGACUAUAUGUUCUGGUACACAAGAGAGGCCUCGGUGGCUGUCUAUGUCUCAAACCUGCCUUGUGUAUGGCCUCUUCUCCGAGAAGCUCUGCCGGCACUCAAGAGCUGGACACCAGGCUUCGUCAGCAGCUCGGCCUACAGACGGCGCGGCGCUAGCACUACAGGCCUCACAGCCCGCACACGCACGCGCAACACCCAAAAGAGCAAUCUAGGACUCUCCAGACGCUCCAUGGACGAUUUCCACGCCAUCAUCGAGCCCACACGACCGCUGGAGGCAAAGACAACGACGAAUGUGCACACANAAGAGAUUCAACACUACAACAACCAUAUCCGCAGCACGAAUCGGGGCAGCAGCAGUGAGUCGAGUAUUGAUGACUUGCCCAUGCAUGGCAUUAUGGCGUCGACGACGAUUGAAAUGUCGGUUAUGGCUUCCGAUCGCAAAGACGAUGAUCGUGAUGAUGCUUCUCAGUCUUCGACUCGAGCGUUUGCUCGUGAUCUAGAGCAAGGGUUCCCGCAUGCGCGCUGA